UUUCAGUCUGCUUCUCUCGCGCGGCGGCGUGCGCGCUUCGAUACCGUUCACGCGGCGUCGCGCUACGUAGACAUAUAGCGUUUGCUCGCGCUCGCGGCUACGCCGCGGCUAUUAUUAGUCUUCGGUCAUCGGAGAGGAGCCCCUGCGUGCGCGAGCGAAGACGCGACGACGACGACGACGACGACAACGGAGACGACGCGUGUGCACGCACGCGGAAAAGUCGCGCCUAUCGCCGCGAACGCUCGCCGUGUCGCGUUCGGAAAUCACCUGCCGUGCACGUGCGUGCGGAACACGCUCUCCGCCGCCGCCGCCGCCGUCAAACCGCGCGCGAACUUCCGCUGCGUCUGGUGACCCGUGCGCAAGAGGAGGCCUCUCCGUAGCACCCGCUCGUUGGACCUUGGGAAGGAUGGUCCUCGCACGCUCUUCACUAGCAAGGACACCAUUGUUGCCUCGAUUUCAACUAAUACGUCACGUAUCCGCUUUCUCACCGGCUCGAUCGUUUCCUGAGGACCGUAACGACGCCGAGACUCAGCUUGACAAUAUGAGGGAUGCGGUUCCGCAGAAAGGAAGUAAUAACGUAGCAACCCCCAAGUCCAAACCGUCCCUAGAGAUAUAUCGACCCCCAGGUGGGAGAGCGGAAGGAACCACGGCGAACGUCACUAAUCUUCGACUGAACGUGCACGCCAAGGAAUUCACGAUGAAGCAGAACGAUUCGCAUCCUUCUAAGUCCCGGACUAAUAUGUCGGAGCGUUCCGCAUAUUACCUGCAGCACAGCAAAUCGAGCGGUAAUAUCCACCGGUAUCUCUACGCUCAGCAACAGCAACAGCUGCAGCAUCCUCUGCAGCAACAGCACCAGCUACCAUCCCGUCAUUCACAUCACCCGACGGCGAACUCCACGAUGCGCCAGUCUCAUCCCCUGGACACGUCCGCGUCCAGCGGGAACAUCUUGCACUAUAGCCUCUGUCUUAUGAACACAGACUGCAGCGCUUGCAGCAUGCUCUUGACUUUGGCCGCGAAUCGAGUACACUUCAACGUGGACCAAAACGAAGUGAGGACUAAUUCCGUGAAACCGGGCAAGCUUACCAAAUCGCACACCUUCGUGUCGACUUACGGCCUGAAGCGCUCCAAGAGCAUGAACUCGACGGACGUGUUAGCCGCCAAGGCACUUAACAUCGCGGACGCCUCCGAACUCGGCAAAUUUCCCUCGCCCGUUCAGGAUAUUCUUCUACGAGCGAUAGAAGAUCCGAAUCUUUUAAAUGCGAGGACGUUGAUGGAACUAGUACGGCACAUUCUGGACAGGGUAGUCGAGAAUCGCAAGUACGCUGAGCCGGCAGCUAAAAUUUGCAUCACGAUUAUAGAGAAAGAAACGAAGGAAACUUUCCUGGAAUCCUUGUUAAACACAUGCCAACAGUGGUAUCAGGAUCGCGCUAGAUUGCUGCACGACGGCACGACCUGCCAUCGGUACUCGGCCUUUAUGACGUUUCUCAACGAGAUGUAUUGCCAGCUGAAGCGACGGCAACUACAAUUGAAGACGCAGCAGGAGGGCGUGCCUCCCGGACGCGUGCUCCUUACGCUGCUUUGGAAGUGCUGCCAGGAUUGUCUGCAACCGCCGGCCAUCAACUCGCUCGUCGAGACAAACUGUCUGUUCUUCAUCCUUACGUGCAUCGGCAAGGACCUGGACACGGAACUGCCCGCGCAGCUGCAGCAGCUGCUCGGCAGCGUGCGUGACGCCUUCCUGGCGGAGGAGACCACGCUGCCGCCGGUCAAGAAGACGCUCCUGCAACUGAUCGAGCUCCACGCAGCCCACUGGCAGCUGCCAGCGCCGGCGGUGGUUUACUACUACCCCUCGAACUCGAACUCCAAGUGAUUGCCAUCCCCGCACCCGCGGUCUCUCCGUCCGUCUUCCCAGAAUACGUGCGAGUGGACUUGAGCGAAAGCAUGAAUGUACCUCAAUAAGUACAUACAUGUAUCGUAACGAAAUGUUUUAUAACGAGCUCGCCUCAAUGCGGGCGCGCCAAUACCUUCCGACGCGACAAUAAACACGAACGAAAGUAUGACGUAGACGAGUUAUACGUUACCUUUUUUUUUUUAUUUCACGACAGUCGCGAGCGGUUUGCGAUGAUCUCGUACCUUCCACGAAACGGAAAUUUUUGUUUGAUGAUUCUGUAUGCAAACGAUGAAUAUACGAAUAAACAAGUUCUUUUGCACAAUC